ACUCGAUGAUGUUAUCGGUAUGCCAAUAUCCAUAACUGCAGAGGAACUAGUUGAGUUCCAUAAUGAAUCGUUCGUCCCGGAGAAUGGUGCAAUGAAGAAAUUUCUCUUGGGCAAUCCGGAUUUACUACUCGGGAAACUGACUAUUCUGAAUACUCCAAAAACCGACGCUGGAAAUUUACAACUUGGUGAUUUAAUAUUAGAUGAAGAGAAUUUGAUUCAAAACGAUGAAACGGAAGAGGCAAAAAAGUUUAUUGAGUUUCAAAAACAACAUCGGGCUCAGUUCUUACAAGAAAUAAGGGAUAAAAAUCUAAGUUUGAAAGGAACCUCAAACGAUGAACCAAUGAUUGAAGUGAUUGAACCUUGUAAAAAAAGGAAACAUCAACCAUUAAAC